AUGGACCCGCCACUGGACGCAGAACAACUUUCAGCCCCACCGACGACGACGGAGGAUCUCCUGCCAACACCUUCUACAAACACAACGGCUGCUCCCACGAACACUCCUCCUCAUAGUCCAGAGCAAGAAGCAGGAGAAACUGCAGCAGCAGCAGCAGCAGAAAGUUCUGAUGCUCUUGCAGAUAACGUUAAUAUUCAUAUGGAUGGGAAUGAAUCUUUUUCACUUCCCAUGCAACUUGAGAAUGAGGAUGAUGACGCUCCAUUAGCGGUUGAGGAUUUGUUUGGUGAGUUGUUUGAAGUGGGGGAUCAGAGACCAGUCGAUCCUGUCCUGAUUGACACACGUAAUAUGCUCCUAAACCUCUUUGGUUCCUUUAUACGUGAAGAAGAUGUAGACUUUGAAGAUGAAAAACAAACGAAAUUGGUCAAGGAAAUGGCAGAUAAUAAAGCUGCAGCUCGAUUUGCAGUGGUAGAAAAGUGGUUUGGUGAAGCUGGUGCUGCUGCAUUGGAGGAUCAACGUAUUGAGUCCUUUGGAUGUUUGCAAUCAUCUUUACCAGAUAAACCAGAUGUUGGUCCAUACGAAAAAUUAUGGCUUACGGAUAUGCCUAAAAUUGCACCUAAUCGUCAAACACUUCAUAUGGAUCCGAAGCCGUUUCUUCCAUCAUGUUGUACUCCAUUAAAAAAUACAGAUCGUAUGCUUUAUACUACUCAGAAUGUUAUUCGAUGGGCCCAUCAUCAAGGUACAAAUACAUUUAUGAGUAAUUCUCGUGUUGUACGUUGGAGUGAUGGAAGUGUUACCUUGCAUGUUGGUAGUGAUAUAUUCACAUUGCAGCCAUCAAAGGAGAGUGCUCUAACGAUGCUUGCUCGUCCAGCAGUUGUACGUAAAGGAAAAAUUGGAAUUCCUGCAAUGGUUUCUACACUUAAUCCAGAUGAACAUUUUGUGGUAGAAGGUGCUACUGCAGCUUCUAUUGAAGAAGCGGUUAUUGCUGAGAGUGCACAAUUCCGUUCAGUUUCUACUCAGCAUAAUCUUGCAUAUGCUACACCAACACUUCCAAAUAUUAAUUGGAACAAUAUUAAAACAGUUCGUAACCCUGUUGAAGAAUAUAUAAUAAAGGAGUACAAUCGACGACAGAAAAUCAUUGAACAACGAAAGAAAGAAGGACGACCCAUGACUUUAACGGAACAAAUGGAAAUGGAGAAUGAACUUCUCCAACGACUUCAAACUCUCAGUGUGGAUGAACUUAUGGUACAACAACAAGAACAACAGCGGGAGGCUGCCCUUCGUGCGGCUACUCGACAACAAACAACUUCACGUAGAAGUCGUUUUGAUAGAAAUAUGGAUCUUGAAGGUGGUGUAGAUAAUGUACCAGGUGAAGACAGAUUUGAAACUAGGGUAAAAGGAGAAAAUAACGAUGAUGAUGAUGAUGAUUAUGAUGAUGAUGAUGCUAAUAAUAAUAAUGAUGAUGACGGUGAGGAAGACUACGAAACGAUGUUGGAGAAUAUGCGUCAGAAACGUCAGCGUGAGGAUGAAGCGGAAGAUAAUGAGCGAAUUCGCCGCAUUCAACGACUGGAAGGUACACAGGCCUCUCGUUACAGUGGCCUUAUGGAGGCUUUGCGUGAAGUGAUUACACUUCUCCCAGCAGGAUCGAAUGCACGUGGAUCUGUGCAAGGAACACUGGACUUUUUAGGUACAGGGGCAUUCUCUGUUGGUGUUGUGGAGAAGGAGGUGCCAUUGAUGAUGGAGGAGGUGACAAACGAGUUCCCAGAGUUAGACUUGUCUCGUGUACGGCAGGAACUCCACAAAUUAUACGGAUGA